AUGGCUGCAUCAAAUCCAAGCCCCAGCGGCUUUUCUUACGCGCAGGCUGCAAAAGGCCGGGCAUCCACUACUCCAUCUCAGACUCCUUCCAGCAAGGUGACUUCGGGCACUGCGACGCCCGCGACUGGCACAUUCUCCGAGCUGGCUCCCAACACUAGCUGGGCAGAUGAUGUCGAGGCUGUGAGUGGAGAGAAGAGUGAGAAGAGUGAGAAGUCGGAGAAGACGGAGAUUACGGAAAAGACCGAGAAGACGGAGGAUUCGAGAAAAGAGCCUGAAGAGCAAGUCAAUGUAGCACCAGCGAAGGACAUCGCCGUGGAGCGCACCAAAGCCGAAAGCAUACCCCAAAAUACAUCAUCCGCCGUAUCAUCACCCGAUCUUGCUGCCACCUCGAGUACCACCAACACCGACGACUCGUCCUCUAUGCCAAACGGCACGUCGAACGGCACCUCAUCCUCCGAGACCACAUGGGAAACGAAGUCGCAAAAUUCUGAGCCAGCGUGGAUUGCUGAGCGAAAGGAGCGUCAGACCACCGAGCCGGCGGCAUCGCCAACCAAAGCUUCAUCUGGUCACGAGCGAUCUGGCAAGCGGGGCAAGAAGGAGCCGAGAGAGCCAAAGGAGCCCGCACUGCCGCAACCUCCACCCAAGCCCGUUGUCCUGACUGAAGCUCCUCCACCAGCUGUGAACUUCUGGGCGAAGCGUGCUGAGGAAGCUAAAUCGAGGCCCGUUGCUGUCCCUCUCACGCCAAGGGCUGUCGCAACGACGCAGGCCUCAUCCAAUAACAAGGAGAACGUGCGAGCGAGGACAGAGCCAAGAAAGAAGGCUAGCUCUGUUGCGGACGUGUCUCGUGAGACCGAGUCACACGCCGAAUCGAAGAAGCCGGCCACGACACAAGCGAAGCGCACAACCGACGUCCGCAAAGACGCACGUCAAAACUCAAGACCAAGUACAGAAGAUGUGCGAACCGAGCAGAAUGGGACUGGUCCUGCCCGCCCGGCACAACGAGAAGCGCAAAGCAUGCCGAACUUGUCGGCUGCUGCACCUCCCUCCGUAAAGGACGAAACAUCAUGGCCGACUCCCGACACUGUCCAAGAGCAAGACCGCAAAGUAGCAGAGAAAGACGCUGAGGAUGCUGGCGAUGCAGACUCCACUGCCGCAGGCAAGGCGCGCGACAAGACGAAGUGGACACCAUUGCCAGUCACACCCACAAUUGUGUGGGAGACUGAAGAGAUGAACCGGCCGCGUGGCUCGGGUGGUGAACGAGGUGGCCGUGGCAGCACAACAGGUAGAGGACGCGGCGGUCUCCGUGGCACACCGAGCGGCGUCAAGGGCAGCGAGAGGUCGACUGGAAGAAACGGCGCUAGCCCUAGUGAAGGCGAAAACGCAUCGGGCGCUCAGCAAGUCCGCUCCAAUGCUACCGAUGGUGAGAACACAACCCCUUCUGAAAAGCCAUCCAUUACCACAGAGACUCGCGAAGGACGACAGAUCUCGAACGAUGGCCAGCCGCCACACAAGAUCGGCGACAGUCACACUGCCGUCGGCUCUACAGAAUUCGCAAGCAACAAAUCAAAUGCCAAGGUCGACAAUGCUGGACAGGACGUCAAGCCUGCACCCAUUCCUCGCCAGCCUGCGCACAUCGGUCAAGCAGAGGAAGCUCGCGAUAACCCAGAGACGCUUCGCGAAGGUUUCAGCAAGAAGCAUGCCAAAGAGGCGCGCACGUUUGAUCCUAAUUUCACUGGAAAGGAAUGGACGAGUACGCGUGGCAAAGGCAACCGCGGAGGUCGUGGACGUGGUGGCUCCCGGGAGUUCGCUAACGGGCACCAAGCCAAUGGGGCGUUUACUAAUGGACAUGUCGACUUUGCCGCCGGUCCGUUCGGAGUACCACAAUCACCUUCUGCGUUCCAAUCUCCUCGCGGCGGUCACGCAUUUGGAUAUCCUACACCAACUCAAGGGCGCGGAGGGUGGCGCGGCAACGGCCCGCGCUCUCAAUCCAUUCCCAUGGAUCAUGUCUAUGGCCGCCCAUAUGGCUCCCCACCACAGCUGCCACCAGCUCCAGGCUACUACCAUCCGGGCAUGUACGAGUACCCCAACGGCAUGCCGAUGCAUCCUAUGCCCUACAAUCCCAUGAUCGACCAGCAGUACCUGUGGGACAUGGUCAGCAACCAGCUGGAAUACUACUUCUCUCUGGACAAUCUUCUGAAAGAUAUGUUCCUCCGCAAGAACAUGGAUUCUCAAGGCUUCGUCUUCCUCGACGUCAUUGCCAGCUUCAACCGUAUGAAGCAGCUCACCACGGACAAGGAUCUCAUCAAAACCGUCUGUCUGAAGGCAGACGUCAUCGAGAUUCGCGUGGGCGAUGAUGGCAAGGAUCGCCUUCGACGACGAGAAGGCUGGGAGCAGUUCGUUCUGCCGAUGGAUCAGCGUGAGGAAGGUGCGCAGAACGAAGGCGCUCAAAAUCUCCAUCGACCAGAGUUACCAAAACUGCAAUACUGGCCUGGCAACCCUAUCCCUUUCAACUCGCCGCCACCCGCCAACGGUCGUAGGUCGCACGAUUCCGGUUUCGCCAUGAACGGCGGCGUCACCCAAUUCGCGCCGAUGGGACCCCUCCUCGAUGCAGGCUACUCCAGUCUGCCGAAUGGCGAGGAGAACCGUGGGCGCACCACCAAAUCGCCAAUUCGCGAAAACGGCUUGUCCUCGGACCACCAGUCGCUCGCUGAAGGCACUGAGAUCGAGCCAGAUCAAUUCCCAGAUGAGCAGAUCAGCAGUCUCACUGUUGUCGUGAAGGUGGGUACCUCCCGCACACCGCCGCAUCACACGGCCGCAUCUCGGACGUUUUCCAACGGAUCAAUCGACACCCGCAGCAUCUACGCUGAGCUCGACAAAGAGAAGGCCGAUGGUGAGAACGCGGGACCCGUGGCCAAUGGAGAGGCGAUCGCCAACGGUAACAGCGCGCAAGCAGUCACUUCUCGUCAGGCUAGCCCCAGUGUCGUUCAAUCACCUGAAAAGGGCAAGUCUGCGUCCGAACUCAUUCUUCUUUGGGUCAAGGAUAAAGAGUUUCCUCAAGAGUCACUCCCACAAGACUCCCUUCCCGAGCCGUACAUGCAGCUGCGAGUCAAGGCUCUGGACCAACGCGAACAGGCAGCCACCGGUACAUGUCCCUACGACCUCAACGUGCUGUACCAGUUCUGGUCGCACUUCCUCAUCCGCAACUUCAACAAUAAGAUGUACAACGAGUUCAAGUACUUUGCCAACAACGAUGCGCAGGAGCGCCACAGCGCGAAUGGACUGGAGUCCUUGGUGCAGUUCUACUCCAAAGCGUUGGCCAGCAGCAGCGUGAUCCGUGACCACAUUGUCAAGGACUACGUGAAGCUGGUCAAGAGCGAUCCGCCCAUGUUGCAGGGUCUUGCGCACAAGCAGCUUCGUCAGGCAUGGCGCAAUGGGGCGCUGAACCUCAAGAAUCGCAAGAAGCUUACCGAUGUGGUCGACGAGCCAUUCAAGGCUAGCUUGGAGUCGUAG